ACAAAAGUCUCUCUUGAUAACUUCCUUCACCGGAGAAAAAGACCAUGGCGUCUUCAACGCAAGACGAAGAAGCCCUCCACCGCAAGGAAGAAACUGAACCCGAUCACGAUGAAGCAGACCUGAACAAAGAGGGCAAGACUGACGAUGAAGCCAAACACGUAGACGAUGCCAAGAAGAUCGUGGCCUCAGAGUCAGCGACAAGCGAACAAGAAGUCAAAGACGCUAAUCAAGAAGACGAAAGCAGCGGAGGGACGAUGAUGGUACCUUCUUCAAAGACGACGACAACAACACCAAGAAGCUUAACUCAAGAAGAAGAAAAUGCAAGGGAAGUUGACGCUUUCGCCUCAGCAAUCCUUUGGUCUAUGCGCAACGAGGACGUCCCACCUACGAGUCCAUCUAUGCUCGAAAUAGACGAUCACGACGAAGACGACUCCGAACAAACCUUGAGGUUCCUCACCCGAUGGAAAGCUCCGAAUACUCCACCGAUAGAGAUCAUUCACGACCGGUUGAUCGAGCAAUGCAGCAGACCGAUCCAGAAGCAGCUGACGACAAGCGACGUGGAGCAGAGGAAGCUGUAUUUACCGAGGAAGAAGUUUCAGAAGCUUCUCGACGAAUCGGGGAGAAGGGAGAUAAGGGUUUCGGUUUACGGACCAGACGGGGAGGUUCAGGAGAUGUGGCUUGGUGAUGAUGAUGAGGAGACGUUUGAGUUGGUGAUAGGGUGGAGGACGUUCGUGGAACAGUAUGGGCUCAAGGAGUGUUGUGACUUUGUCACGGUGUGGAUGUUUAGGCACAGAGACAGUCAAAGGAUUUGCUUAGCUGUGGAUGUCACAAGGUUUGUGUUCAGGAAGGAGGUUAGUAAGAGGAUCUCUCAGGCUGCUUUCGAGGAUUCUGAUUAGAGAUUAAGUGGGGUUUUAGAGAUUUAAUGAGAUAUUGAACAUGAGGUAGAAGUUUUAAGGUUUUGAUUUGAGUCACAUUCUCAGUUUCUUACUCUAAAAUUGUAAAUAGUUGACAGAAACAUCAUUUGAAUGAUAAAAAAAGUUGGUUCUAACUUCAGUACUUGUGAUAACCAAGAAGUGACCCACUUUACUUGAAAGACAAGUUAUCAUGAUUCAACAGUUUUGCAUACUUAAAUGAGUAUUUUUGGUCUACAGAGACCCUUUUACUGCACUCUGGGAAAACGAUUUUCAGAGAGCUUA